AUGGAAGAGCCAAUUUUGCGAUAUGAAAAAAUCGACUUCCUAGGAGAAGGACAGUUUGCCACAGUAUAUAAAGCCCGAGAUGUUAAAACAGAAAAGAUAGUGGCAGUAAAAAAGAUUAAAAUUGGAUCAAGACUGGAAGCUCAAGAUGGUAUUAACAGGACUGCUCUUAGAGAGAUUAAGCUGCUACAGGAGUUGCAGCAUGUUAAUUUGAUAGGAUUAUUAGACGUUUUUGGACAAAAAUCAAAUGUGUCACUAGUGUUUGAUUUCAUGGACACUGAUUUAGAAAUAAUAGUUAAGGACAAUCACAUUGUACUUACACCUGCCAAUGUUAAGGCUUAUAUGAUUAUGACAUUAAAAGGCUUGGAAUACUUGCAUCAAAACUGGAUACUGCACAGAGAUCUAAAGCCAAACAACUUGCUCAUAAACAAGGAAGGAAUAUUGAAGAUUGGUGACUUCGGUCUGGCAAAGGCAUUUGGCUCUCCUACUAGGAUAAACACACAUCAAGUGGUCACCAGAUGGUACAGAUCACCGGAACUUCUAUUCGGCGCUCGACAAUACGGUACAGGUGUGGACAUGUGGGCCGUGGGCUGUAUAUUAGCUGAACUACUACUCCGUGUGCCUUUCCUGCCAGGCGAGACUGAUCUCGACCAGCUGUCUCGCAUCUUUCAGGUCUUUGGCACGCCUAAUGAAGAAAAUUGGCCCGGUCUAAAGAGUCUCUCAGACUACGUACAGUUCAAGCAGUUCCCGCCCCAACAGCUGCGGCACAUCUUCAGCGCGGCAUCAGACGACCUUAUCCAGCUGCUGGAGAGCCUGUUAGCGCUCUACCCGCCCAGCCGCUGCGAUUGCACGCAAGCCCUGCAGAUGCCUUACUUUAGUAAUAAACCAGCACCUACGGUAGGCAACAAGCUGCCGCUACCGACAAACAUCACAAAAGUCGAGCAAGAGAAACCCUCCCUGAAGAGGAAACUUCUGGAAAACAUUGAUGGAGGCACCCUUGCCAAAAGGCUGCAGUUUUGAUCACUUCCGAACUAUAUUAUAGUUGGACUCAUAUGUUACAGUGAGCACUCACUUUCAAAGGAUGCAAAGAAAGGGGCUGUUGCUUAUUUUACUUAUGUUACACCACACGCAAAAUAGGCGCUUUGUCGUCGAGUUGCGGAAACCAGCCCGUUGCACCAAG